AUGGGGGGUGGGUUUAUAGCGCUCAAUAAAAAUGCAGAGCUCAGCCUCUUCCGCUAUCCUCAGAGGCAUCGCACUCUCCCGCCUGGAGCUCAGGACUCUCACCAGCCUGGAGACUCGGCGCUCUUACCCGCCUACGGACUCUCAGCCUAUCUCACCUUCCAACAAACCGCCUGGGAGCUUGACACAGCCAGCUCUCCCACUAUACGCCUAGACGCCUAG